GCUAGCAAAUAGCGUAUAUGUCGCUGUUUCGAAUUCGAGCUCAGCCCAGAUUCGAUCUGGUGGCUGAGUAUUGACACCCAUUGACAGCACGAACCAAUCUCGAGCGCGCAAGUGAUCAGCCCGCCCGCCCACUUCAAGUAUGGAGUCCAGAGUCCAGGCGCGAGCGACGCGACGAAUCCGGAACUGCUGCGGAGUGUCGUAUGUUGCCACAACACAGAUCAAAAUAUGCUAUAGCACGACUCGCCUUGCACAGCUACACUCCUACUAGCUCCUGAACAAUAGAUGUCGGCCUUGCACGAGAAGCAGCUGGCCGACCUAGCAAGGUCAUCGUCGGCCGUCGAGAGCAUCUCGCCAUAUCAUCCAACACAAGGCUCGGCGCUCGACCCAAACAGCGCUGAUUUUGAUGCUCGGCAAUGGACACAAGCCAUGUACAGACUACAGCAAGACGCUGGAAAACAAGGCCGCUCCCUUGGAUACUCCUUCAGGCGUCUGAGUGCUUUUGGGCAUGGCACCGACAUGGAUGUUCAAAAGACAGUAUCUAGCGUCUUCCUCGAAGUAAUCAACGUCGCAAAACGGCUUAUCGGCAUCAAAGGACAGCGUAUCGAUAUAUUGCAUCCGAUGGAUGGCUUGGUCCGUGCCGGGGAAAUGCUCGUAGUGCUUGGUCCGCCAGGCAGUGGAUGCAGUACAUUUCUCAAGAGCAUCACGGGUGACACAGAUGGCUUCAUGCUUGGUACAGAUGCAAAGCUCAACUUCCAAGGCAUCUCGUACCGUGACAUGACUUCGCGCUACCGAGGCGAAGCCAGCUACACUGCCGAACUGGACGAGCAUUUCCCAAACUUGACUGUCGGCGAGACCCUCUUCUUUGCAGCCAAGGCUCGUGCGCCCCGCAAGACUCCUGGCGGUCUCUCUCGUGAUGCUUGGGCGUCGUUGAUGCGCGACGUCAUGAUGGCUACGCUCGGCAUCAGCCACACGCUCAACACCAAGAUUGGCAAUGACUACAUACGUGGUGUCUCUGGCGGUGAGCGCAAGCGUGUCACCAUUGCAGAGGCUGCCCUCUCGCGUGCAGCAAUUCAAGCUUGGGACAACUCGACACGCGGCCUUGAUUCUGCAAAUGCCAUCGAGUUUUGCAAGACCCUCCGGCUUCAAGCUGAUUACUUUGGCAUCACGCCUGCAGUGGCCAUCUACCAAGCCCCUGCGUCGGCCUUUGAUUUGUUUGACAAAGUAUUGCUUCUCUACAAUGGACAUGAAAUCUAUUUUGGCCCUGUCAGCCAGGCCAAAGACUACUUUGAGAGGCUCGGCUUUGAAUGUCCAGCACGUCAGACGACACCAGACUUUCUGACGUCCAUGACUGCACCAGAUGAGCGUCGUGUCAGGCCAGGUGCUGCACCUCCUCAAACGCCGCUCGAGUUUGCUACUGCCUGGCGAGCAUCAAAGGAGCGUGCUCAACUGCUGCUAGACAUUGCCGACUACGACGCGAUAUUUCCGAUCGGAGGCCCUGUACGAGAUUUGUUCGAAGAUUCGCGCCGGGAAGAGAAGGCAUCCGUCCAGCGUGCCUCAUCACCAUACACCUUGUCUUACCGCGAGCAAGUUGCGCAUUGUCUGUGGCGAGGUUUCCGCAGGCUCGUGGCUGAGCCCACGCUGACUCUCUACCAGCUCUUGUCCAAUCUGCUGCUGGCCAUUAUUGUUGGCACUGUCUUUCUCAACCUCAAGCAGGAAACCAAUGGAUUCUUCAAGCGCGGCUCUCUGCUCUUCUUCGCCGUGCUGCUCAACGCGCUGGCUUCGGCUCUGGAAGUGCUUCUGCUGUACGAACAGCGCGAUAUCUGUGAGAAGCAUGCACGAUAUGCAUACUAUCAUCCAUCUGCAGAGGCUUUUGCCUCCAUCUUAACCGACUUGCCCUACAAAAUUUCGAAUGCAAUUACCUUCAAUGUGGCACUGUACUUCAUGACCAACUUGCGGCGCGAGGCUGGUCCCUUCUUCUUCUUUGUCCUCGUCUCUUUUCUUGUCACACUAUCAACGUCGCAUUUGUUUCGAACACUCGCUGCCGUCAGUCGCUCGCUUGUUCAGGCUCUCGUUCCCACUGCACUCAUAACCUUGGCGCUCGUCAUGUUUAGUGGCUUUGUGAUUCCUGUCGUUGACAUGCUUGGCUGGUCACGCUGGAUUCACUGGCUCAAUCCACUCUCAUAUGGGUUUGAGUCGCUCAUGAUCAACGAAUUCCACGGGCGAGACUUCAGCUGUGACAGCCUGAUACCGACCUAUGGAUCACUUGUGGACGGCACGCAAGUGUGCUAUACUGUUGGAUCGGUCGCUGGUCAAGACUUUGUGAAUGGUGCCAGCUACAUCGAAGCUGCGUAUGGCUACGUACACGACAACAAAUGGAGAAAUGUGUAUAUCCUUGCAGGGUUCACAAUCUUCUGGGGCCUCACAUAUCUGAUUGGUGUCGACUUUAUCCAAGCCAAGAAGAGCAAAGGCGAAGUACUCGUCUUUCGCCGGCGUCAAAAGCGCAGAGAUGUCGAAGCAGCAUCGCCCGUCUUGCCCUCUGCCAAAGCACAAAUGCAGAUUCAGCAGCAGACUGCCGUCUUUCACUGGUCCGAUGUCUGUUAUGAUGUCCGCAUCAAGAAAGAGACACGGCGCAUCUUGGAUCACGUCGAUGGUUGGGUCAAGCCAGGCACUCGAACAGCCUUGAUGGGCGUUUCAGGUGCCGGCAAAACGACCUUAUUGGAUGUGCUUGCAUCGCGUAUUACGAUUGGCGUGGUUGGAGAGAUGCUCGUUGAUGGUCAGAUUCGCAAUGCGGCGUUUCAGCGGCAGACGGGAUACGCUCAGCAGCAAGACUUACACCUGGACACUUCGACUGUUCGAGAGGCUCUCACCUUUUCCGCGCUUCUCAGACAGCCGGCGCACAUCCCAAGGCAAGACAGAAUCGACUAUGUUGACGAAGUCUUGUCCCUCCUCGAUAUGGUGGAUUAUGCAGAUGCUGUCGUUGGCGUGCCUGGCGAAGGUCUCAAUGUCGAACAACGGAAACGUCUUACGAUUGGAGUGGAACUGGCUGCACGGCCAGCGCUCUUGCUCUUUCUUGACGAGCCAACCUCUGGUCUCGAUGCGCAAACAUCGUGGGCUAUCUGUGACUUGCUCGAAAAGCUUACCAAGGCCGGUCAAGCCGUGCUCUGUACAAUCCAUCAACCAUCCGCCAUGCUGUUCCAGCGUUUCGACCGACUGCUCUUGCUUGCUCAGGGUGGACAGACUGUCUAUUUUGGCGAUAUCGGCGAGGAUUCUCAAACACUAGUUAGCUACUUUGAGGCGAAUGGUGCGCCGAGCUGCCCACCCAAGGCCAAUCCGGCCGAGUGGAUGCUCGAAGUCAUUGGUGCUGCUCCCGGCUCCCACUCAGAUCGUGAUUGGCAUCAAGUCUGGCAUGCUUCUCCUGAAUACCGCACAGUCAAGGCUACGCUGCAUGAUUUCGCAUCUGCUACGCCAGGGUCACUCGACGUCCAAGAUCAGUACGCUGCCCCGUUGUUUGAGCAAUUCAAGGUGGUGACACAGCGUGUCUUCUCCCAAUACUGGCGUACACCCACAUACAUCUACAGCAAGCUCCUUCUCUGCGUCCUGGGCGCCUUGUUUGUUGGCUUUGUCUUUUACAAGUCACCCAACAAUCUGCAAGGCAUGCAAAAUCAAAUGUUCGCCGUCUUCAUGCUCUUCACGACCUUCCCGCAACUGGUCAGUCUGAUGAUGCCUCAUUUUAUCAAGCAGCGCUCCUUGUACGAGGCUCGGGAGCGACCGAGCAAAGUGUACUCGUGGAAAGUCUUCAUCAUGGCAAACAUCGUUGUUGAGCUGCCAUGGAAUACAUUCUUUGCUGUGCUCAUGUUCUUCGCCUUUUACUAUCCAGUUGGCUUUGCCAGAAAUGCUGAAUUCACAGGCGCCGUUGCAAUUCGUGGCUUCCUCUUCUUCCUCUAUGUCUGGCAAUACAUGCUCUUUAUCUCGACGUUUGGCAGCCUCAUGAUUGCUGCACUCGACAGCGAAUUGGCCAGCAAUCUGGCGGAGCUGCUGUUUGCCUUGUGUCUCAUCUUUUGUGGUGUCCUCGUCAAUGUCAAGAGCUUGGGCAAGUUUUGGAUCUUCAUGUACUAUGUCAGUCCUUUUACCUAUCUGGUGAGCAGCAUGCUGUCAGUGGGUAUCGCCAAUGCGCCCGUCACAUGUAGCCAGGUGGAGCUGCUUCGCUUCAACGCCCCAAGCGGCACAUCAUGCGGUGAAUUUAUGAACGACUUCAUCACAGCCGCAGGUGGAUAUCUUGUGGACCCACUCGCGAGCGUCUGCGAAUACUGUCGAAUUUCGGAAACCAAUACGUUCCUAGCGGCAGUGUCGAGCAAGUACGCGCAUCGCUGGCGAAAUUUUGGCAUACUUUGGCUAUACAUCUUGGCGAAUAUCGUCGGUGCCAUCUUUCUCUAUUGGCUAGCACGGGUGCCCAGGACUCGAAAGGCUCAACCCCAGCUGAAAUGAAUUUCUUAUAUCAUACAUGUAUAAUACUUCUCAUGAGAUCUCUGCGGACUCCCCGUUCUGACGUUGCUGAAAGCAUUUGAAAUGCACAUGGUG